UACCGAAAUUUCGUUCGAUUGAUCGUUUCAACAUGGCCUCCAAAACAAUUCUCACAUGUUGAGGCCGAGCCAUGGCCGGUAAUUACAAAAAUUUCCUGAAGCUGUUGGAAUCGUGGCCUCUGGACAAGUCCAAAACUGGAAGAGACCUGGCUCAGCACAUUCGAGAUCAGAUAAAAAUAGCCUACUCGAAGGGUGAGAUCCAGCAGUCCCAGGUAAAUCAAGAACAGUGCGAUCGUUACUAUCAUAGUUUGCGACGUCUUGCUUCGAACCAAUACGCCCAGCUGUACGUCAGAGCUUCCACCGCCACGGCCAGUGGCCUCUCCACCGAGCAGUGCAAUCUGGCACUUACCCCGGAGCUCCAGGAGUACUUCCUAGAGGAAGAUAAAUCUCGCUUCGAGAAGAUAUUUGCGAAAUUCAAAAAAAAUGACACUGCAUCAUCUAAAUCCUCUUAAAUUUUGCUUCCAACCCACCCAGCUCCUCGCCAGAACCUCCAGAUCUCUCCAAAGUUCAGAGAAAUGUUCAGAACGGGUUUACUACUCCACCCAACCCCAACCCAACCCUCA